GCUCCCUUUGGAUCGCGCUGCCAACGUCGAGGAGAUUCUUCAUGGUGGUAACUGCUGUAGACGUAGAGCAAGUCAGGUUACACGGAUAUCGUAUAGCGUUCCAGAGAAUGUAAUUUCCAAUGGAUUCAUGAAAGCAUGGCCAAAAUGCGAUCUCGAUUCAAGUCGUUCCUCAGUCCCGGAAGUGCGGAUGCUCAAUCAAAUCACUCACAUGGAAUCCCUACCUCCAACGACAUUGUUCUUCCGACCGAGAUGGAGAUAAAGAAAGGAGUAGCAGAAUUUCAUUGGAAUCUUUUUAAGUAUAGUACACCCUUGCCUGAAUAUCGAAGCCUUUGUAUUCACGUUGGGAAGCUGACUGGAACCUCCCUGGUUUCCUCUCCCAGCCCGCUCGUGUUGUUUACAGCCAUCCUCCACGCAACGCUAGGAUGGCUCGCGAUAUGCCAGGAGGCGCUUCAACAUCGGGAUGUCAGUAUUGGGAAUGUUCUUAGAUUGUCAAACCCGGUCGAAAUGCCCUCGUUCAAAUUCAAAUCAGAUAUUGCGGAUCUUAUGGGCACACUAUCCCUAUCGGAAACCUUGCCGUUUACUGUGACCGACCAAAUUACACGUCUUAAAAGUUCACUUGCUGAGCUGAAGGUAAACACCAGGUGCUCGGGUUUUAUCAUUGAUGGGGAUAUGGCUGUCGACUGGAAGACGUAUUUUGAUGCGAACCACGAUGGCACUCGUUCCGGAACGCCUGAGUUUAUGUCAGUCACACUACGAGAAAGCCUGUAUUCGCCCAUGACAUACGUUCAAUCUACGGUGGAUGAUCUUGCUUCCUUCUACUAUGUUGGUCAAUGGGCGGCGGUUUUCAACCCAAGUCAUCAAUCGGACAUGCUCGAAGAGCUCCGCAAUCGCAUCGCUGGGUCCCUGGCAUCGCGAGAAUUCGCAACUCGCAUUGUGCAUAGACUCGACCCAGACUUAUCUUCCCAUCGGCAAGAAUAUGGCUUAUUUUUGCAGUGCUGCCAGCCUAUACUCAAAGAGUGGUAUGAUUCUAUUGAUUCUCUUGAUCGAAGACUCAAGUACUUACCGGUCUUUAUUCCUGUCCUUUUCCUACCAUGGAGUUGCAGACCUUGCCCAGAUAUUGGAGAGACAUGGAGCAAGCCUCGCUAGUUAUGAUAAACUGAAUUCAUGAACGAAUUUUUACAUCAGUCUAAAUACACCGAGCUACAGUAAAUGCAUAUGAAU